GACACCGGGCCCGGAGCAGCUCAACGAUCCGAUCUGGACUCUGGAGCAUCCUCCCAUGUCGCCCAGGACUGGUCACUGCGGAGUCUCAAAAUCGAGCGAUCGCGACUAUCGGCCAGCUGCGAGAGAGAGAAGGAGAGAGAGAGAGAGAUGAUGGAGGGAGUGGAGGGAGACGCCUCCUCAGCGCCGCCUCGCUACGCCCUGAAGCCGUCGCGGAUAAGCAGCGAGGACAUACUCUUCUGCGUCGACGUCGACGCCGAGUCCCUCGUCGAGAUGAAGGUGGCCGGCCCCAACGGCCGCCCCUUAACCAGGCUCGACACCAUCAAGCAGUCCAUCCUCCUCUUCGUCCACUCCAAGCUCGCCAUCAACCCCGACCACCGCUUCGCCUUCGCCACCCUCUCCAAAUCCGCUUCCUGGCUCCGUAAGGAGUUCAGCAGUGACGUAGAGUCUGCAGCUGCUGCAGUUCGGAGUCUUUCAGCUACCUCAGCUUGCGGUCAUGCAGAUUUAACGCAGCUAUUCCGAAUCGCGGCUCAUGAGGCGAAGAAAUCUCGUGUACAAAAUAGAAUUUUCAGGGUGAUUCUCAUGUACUGCAGAUCAUCCCUACAGCCUCAGCACCAAUGGCCAUUUAACCAAAAGCUCUUCACUCUGGAUGUCAUCUACCUCCACGACAAGCCCGGACCAGAAAAUUGCCCGCAGCAGGUCUAUGAUGCCCUCGUCGACGCGCUCGAACACGUGAGCGAAUACGAAGGCCACAUCCACGAGAGCGGUCAGGGCCUGACGCGCAUCCUCUUCCGUCACAUGUGCAUGCUGUUGUCGCACCCUCAACAGCGAUGUCCUCAAGACUACCUCGACAUUCCCAAGUCCCUCGUGAAAAAAUCGGUCGCCACCGACUCUGCACCUGCUGAAGAGGCCAUGACCGUGUCCAUCCAAUGAGAGUAAAAGCCCGCUUGUGGGUUUGCGAUCGGUACUAAUCGAUCGGCUUUUGCAAUGUGUCGGGAGAGCUUUUAUCCACUGUGGGUCUUUCCGGAAGAGAAUUCUGCAACUGCAAAUCUCCGUGAUGGACCGUCAAGCUGAGCUCCCAUGUUAUCCCAACGACUCGGCCUUCGUAAAGUUAUUAUGUAUAUUUAGGUCGCAAAAACGCCUCGGAUAGGCCAGUGUUCUUUGCAGGUUGCAUUUAGUUAAACCCAUCAGCUGAAUGUCUAGUGUCUCCACGAUAUGUUAUUACAGCCCUAUA